UGUGACCGUGCGUGCCACGCAUGCACCGCUGGAGCGCACGACUCCAGUCGCACCGCCCUCCUGUCCGCCUGCCGCCGGGGAAGAGCAAAAGAAAGAGCAGACCGGAGCGCAACAUCAACAUCAACAGCCACGGGACCAUAGAAGGGAUGUGGCCGCAAUCUCGACAGCUGGAGGUGCGUGAAAUUCUCAAAGUUUGUCUUCUGUGAGAGCUGAAGACAAAGAACAUCUAAACGCGAGAGGGAAGGAAACUAAUCGCGCGGAGGUGCAUCAGCCACUGCAGAAAUCUCCAGCGGUGCCUGUCCGCCUGCUUUCCUGCCCGGACUCUGGCGUUCCGAGAUCGCGAAGCGCGUCGGGGUGCCCGUACCGAUCCAAAUUCAGCGAGUCUAACAGGAGACAAGAUAGAGAGAGAAAGGAAGAGAAAGCAGCCCACUUCUUCAGAUACCACCCCCCUUCGCUGACACCUGCGUAUGGACCCCCCGCAUUGUCUGGAUGUUGACACUCUGCAUUGAGACCUGGACAUUUGAAGCCCAAGUUCCUACAGAUCUUAAUGGAAUGCAGCCAGAUACAUUAUUAAUGAGUUAAGUUGACACUCUGCAUUGAGACCUGGACAUUUGAAGCCCAAGUUCCUACAGAUCUUAAUGGAAUGCAGCCAGAUACAUUAUUGAGUUAAGCCUGGAAGACCCCUGUCACUUUGAUGUGUGAGCACACCCACCAAUAAUGGCCCAUAGGAUACGCAGUGGAAAUACAUCUGAGGCAGACGUGUUCAUGUGUCCCGUUCAGGCCAACCUGCAGACUUUCUCCCACAAACACAUCUGACUUUUACAAGAUCCCAGUGAGAGCUUGUACAGCAUGAGGCUGGUGUGGAAAUCCCUGGACAAGAUGAGGUGUCUGCGGAAACGCUCCACUAUUCCCUUCCUCGGCUUCCUCAUCACCUUCCUCCUGUUCCUGAAUCUCUACAUUGAAGAUGGCUACGUGCUGGAAGGGGAUAAGAGACAGCUAAGGGAAACAUCCGUCCACCCUUCGAGCUCAGAGCGAUACGUUCACACCUUCAGAGACCUGAGUAACUUCUCAGGAAGCAUUAAUGUCACUUAUCGUUAUCUCGCUGGAACCCCACUGAACCGCAAGAAGUAUCUCACCAUUGGACUUUCGUCAGUCAAACGAAAAAGAGGAAACUACCUACUAGAGACGAUCAAAUCCAUCUUUGAUCAGUCCAGUUACGAGGAACUCAAAGAGAUUGUGGUUGUGGUCCACCUGGCAGACUUUGACCUGGUCUGGUGUGAGAACCUGGUGCAGGAAAUCACCAGGAAGUUUGCCCACCACAUCAUAGCCGGACGCCUCCUGGUGAUCCAGGCACCAGAGGAGUACUAUCCGUCUCUGGACGGGCUAAAAAGGAACUACAACGACCCGGAGGACCGGGUCCGUUUCCGCUCUAAGCAGAACGUGGACUACGCUUUCCUCCUCAACUUCUGCACAAACCUCUCUCACUUCUACAUGAUGUUAGAGGACGACGUGCGCUGCUCCAGGAACUUCCUGACGGCGCUGAAGAAGGUGAUCACCUCCAGAGAAGGUUCCUACUGGGUGAUGCUGGAGUUCUCCAAGCUGGGCUACAUCGGGAAGCUGUACCACUCCAGAGACCUGCCCCGUCUGGCUCAUUUCCUCCUCAUGUUCUACCAGGAAAUGCCCUGCGACUGGCUCCUCAUCCACUUCAGGGGUCUGCUGGCCCAGAAGGACGUGAUCCGCUUCAAGCCCUCGCUGUUCCAGCACAUGGGCUACUACUCCUCUUACAAAGGAGCAGAGAACAAGCUGAAGGACGACGACUUCGAGGAAGACUCCAUAGACAUCCCUGACAACCCUCCUGCCAGCCUCUUCACAAACAUCAACGUCUUUGAAAACUAUGACGCCACCAAGGCUUACAGCACUGUUGAUGAAUAUUUCUGGGGGAAGCCUCCUUCCACGGGAGACUUCUUUGUCAUAGUCUUUAAUAAAUCUACCAAAAUUAGUAAGAUUAAGAUUGCUACUGGUUCUGACGACCGUCAGAAUGACAUUCUUCACCACGGAGCUCUGGAAGUUGGAGAGAAACUAGUUGGGACUAAAAAAGGGAAACAGUGUUCCUCUUAUAUUACAUUAGGGGAGUUUAAAAAUGGCAACAUUGAGGUUCAAGACGUAGACCACAAAAUUGCCUUCGACAUUGAGUGUGUUCGCAUUGUGGUGACAGCCAGUCAGAAAGAAUGGCUCAUUAUUAGAAGUAUUAGUUUAUGGACUACACAACCCCCCAGCCAAUAAGGACUAUAACAAAGACUCUUAGUAUGUCAUAGAGGCAAAGGUUUUUAUUAUUAUUAUUAUUAUUAUUAUUUACUAAUGUAUGUAUUUCAUUUUGUAUGUAUUUAUUUAUAAUAAUUUUGAUUGCCAAAUCAAUCUAUAGUUUUUAUACCUGCAAGUUGUAACCUUAGUGGAGCAUCUUCCAAGUCAUUUGUAUGGACUCUUCAGCUGACCUCAGAGUAUUCAUGAACGUUUGUUUUCUGUCUUUCUUUCUUUCUUUUAGAUUUUGAUAGAUGUCCUUAACAUAGGGCUGGGCGAUAAUUCAGGGUUGUGUUUUACCAACUUUUGACAAUUAUGACAUUCUUCUGUACAAAUCCUGUGAAAAGACCAACAGCAACAAUACAUUGAUCGCACUAACAAGUAGUGCCAUGUAGCCAAAGUCUGAUAUACUGUAUAUUGUUAUGCCAUAUACCUCCAUUGUUGUCCAAAAUCAGUGAAACAUACCAUUUUAUUGGGUGAGAUGUUAAUUAGUCAAUCCAUCAUACACCAUCAUGCUGCUGUACUCUAAAUCAGUGGUACUGACUAACCCUAACCUUAAACAGGGCAAAACAUUUUAGGCAGAAAAAGCUAAUAUAAAGAGGUUCCGUGCUGCGCCUGUUUAGGCUAAACAACAACAUAAUAGCUGAAAAACACUUAAAUGCUAGCCUACAAUUCAAAUGUUUAGAAUCCAUCACUAAAUCAUCAUUAUUAUACUAUAAUUAUUUUAGUAACUAUGCAUAAAAAAAUCUCACAUACCCCCUGCAAUACUUCAAAGUACCCCUAGGGGUACUAGUACCCCCAAUUGAGAAUCACUGAGCACCAAAUGUGUAUUAAUCUGCAGCUGAAAACAGAUCCGUAGACAGGGUAGGGAAGUCAGAAACUACUGAGAGAUGGACAUUUUGGGCUGUUUUGUCUUUUCAUGGGAUUUGUUGACAUGAUAAAUAUAUAGAAUCACACCAGCCUUAUACUUUAAUGGUUCUAAGCAAAAUGGAGAUAGGCUUUAAAGCGUUUUGUCUGGUCUAAAGGAUAUUAGUGAAACAUGUCUCAUUGCAAUGAACACCAAUUUCAUCAUUUCAAAUCAUAAUACAUCCGUAUCAAUAUCAUAUUAUUCAUUUCAACCAUAUCGCUCAGCCCUACACAGCACCUUGACAACAUAUCUGUAAGUCAUUCGUGGGCGAUGCAUUAUUCAUGAAUGUUAUGGAAGACUCUUCAGAAAGGUGCUUCAAGGGAGAAAUGAGAAAAAUAUCACUUACGGAACAGCAUACUACUGAUUUAAUACAAUUAGACCACUGUAUUAUGAACCACUAAUUGUCUAUAAAAGUGGGGAAAGGAUAGUUAUUAGGAAGAGUAACUAAAUACUUUUUAGAAACAGGUUCUCCUUGAAAAUACUGUCCAAUUAAAGCUAUUGUGUCUUCUGUAAUUUUUCAUGACUGAUAUCAAGCCUGCAAGUGUAGCCCUGGGAUUUCUCUCUGACAAUGUCCCCAUUUGGCCCUUAAUUAUUUUUCAGCUUGAAAACCCACCAGAACAAGUAUCAGAGGUCAUUGUUGCCUUGAAUAUUCAUCCUGUCACAGCUAACUUUUUCAGCUUCAAACAUUCUUUCCCUAAUUCAGUCAUCUUCCUCAUUGUGUUUGAGGCGAGCUUGGGAGUGGGCUGAGCUCUUUUACUGGCGCUGUAUGUUCCGUCAGGGCUGCUGACAGGAGAACAAUGUUUGUUUUCACCCAUCUUCUCCAAGAGCUGAGAUUAGAUUGCACAGUGAAGAAUAGGCCAGGUCUGCUCUUAGGUCUCUUUUUUUUCCCGCCAUAGCACAAUUUUCCCCCAGUAAAUUGGUCUGUGUUUGCCUCACUCUCUACACCAGCAAAACAACAUCUACCCCGAAGCUGUAGGAUCUCAAUUCGCUCUUUUCCCAAUGUUGCGCUCUCACAACUCCAAUGUUUCUGCUCCUACAUAGUUUGCCUCUCUGUGAUCUUUGCUCUCGCUUCAUGCAGUCUGCUGCUGCUUUGGGGAAACUUGCUUGGCUUUCCUUUGAAGAUCCUUUUCAAAUUCCCCACCUUGCUUCAUGUUCUUAAACAGCAAACAUUUGCAAGAAUUAAUGCUGCACAUGUUAACUGAUCAUCUCCGUGAUGCUCGAAGCAAUUCAGAGCCGCGCUUCGAAAAUAACCCUGUCAUUUUCCACGUUCGUGUAAUUAGCAGCCGACGGUGAGCAAUGUUCAGUGACAGAUUAGUUUCUACAUUGAAAAGGCAUCACUCAACAAUGCAAUAAAGAGGUAAAUGUUUACAUAACACUGACAUUCUUUAGGAACAUGAGGGGAAAGCAGAUCGUCAUUAAGCAUGCCGCGACGAUUUGCAAAGCUUUGUUCCGCUGUUGCAAUAGCCAGCUGUUCAGUGUUUUCCCUCAAGGUCUUGUUCAGUGUCACAGAUCGAGACCUUUCGUAGAUUGGCUUGUACCGCCACCUCGAAAUCCUUCCUCAGCAAAUCCCCCAUGUGCCAUCUGAAAUGAAAUUAGAAUGCCCACCAACACAAUAUAGCUUAUUGUUUUUCUUCAGCAUUUCCCUUGAAAAGUCGCUAUUCAUUUUGGUGAAUAAUUCUGUGACCUGCAUGGAUCAGCUCCUUGGAGGGGGAUCUUGUUUGAAUGGAUGAUGCUCGGAAACACAAUUUACAUUGUGCUUGCGCGCGUGGUAUUCUUUAUGACGCACACCAUGGUGCCAGUUCAGCCUAGUAUUACCUGCUUAUGAGCUAUAAACACAUGAUGUCACCGCAGGGCAGUUAGCUGUUUUACAAGUGUAAUGGAUGGCUUUGAUACGCCUCAUGCCCUAGUAGAGCAAAUGUGUUGUGAAGCUGAUAUAUUUGGAGGAGAAAUUGCUGUCUGAUCUCUAUUUGAAAUAAGAAGCCAGCUAAAACUAGCUGCACGAUGCAGGUUUAUGGACAGAUUUACAUCUUGGGGAUAACAACAAAAGCUGCAUAAAUUCCUCAACUGGAUGUCAGCAAACUGCUGCGCACAGCAUUCUUUGGUAUUGGCAGCCUGUUUGGAAACGUCAAUCCAUACUAGGGCCUUGAGUGAACAGUGUGCACAGGAUCAGUUAUACUUUAGGCCAGUGAUGGAGUACUCAAAUCCGGGACUUGGACUCAAGUCCAACUCGAGUCACUAUGCUCUGGACUUGUGACUUGACUUGGACCGGCACACUGAUGACUUGGACUCAAGGAUUUAUGUAAUCGGACUUAAGCAUUCAUGAAAUACGAUUCAGAAGUUGGAUGAAGUUUCUGACUACUUUUAUGUGUAAUAGGCAGUGACGGAGUACUCGAGUCCUGGACUCGGACUUGAGUCUUGGUUUUGGACUUGACUGACUCGAGUCGCUAUUCUCUGGACUCGUGACUCGACUCGGAGUCAAACUCAGGUAAUGGUGACUUGACUUGGACUCGACUCGGCCUCUUCUUUGGUGACUCGGACUUGGACUCAGACUCGAACACUGGAGACUCGAGACGACGCGGACUCGACAGUUGGUAACUCGACUACAACACUGCUUUAGGAUAUAUUUCACUUAAUACUAAAGGAUAAUCCUUCCUCUUGUUGAGUACUUACAGCUAAUAAAUGGCCAUCUUCGCUGUCCAUUUGUCUAGAACUAAACACUAACUACAUCGGCAGAUCUCUGUGACAAAAAGGGCAGGCGUUUGGGACAAACUUGCAGGCAGGUAACUGUCUGUUUGUUUAGUUAUAUUGGCUGUGAGGGUCUGAUCCCCAAAGCUUCAAGCUUCACUAUGAUGUGUGGAUCCUGAGUUAUUUGAAAUGUGAGCUGUCUUCCAGUGGAGCAUGUACAAAGUGCAUGAACAAAAUGAUUUUUCAGUGGAUAAAACAACUCCUUUUAUACGUCAGGAUCUAUGAAUUAUUGUUCAGCUUCUGCUAAUUAAAAUGUACUGGGUUUGUACGUAGAAGCCUACCGAUACUACCUUACAACAGGUUCAGAGUUCUCAUGUGCUGUAUAUUGUUAGGUGGAGCGAGUGUGUUAAGAUGUUGUUUCUGUGUCCGUUUUACUUUCCAUCGUUCUCUAAAUGGUUCUGUAUUGUAAGAUGACAUAUAUAUUUUUACACGUAUCAUUUCAAAUGUUGUAUUGUAUAUAUUGUAUUUAAAAUGAAAUCAGAUUAAACGAGUGAAUGCCAACUUUGUGGUGCAUUGUCUGCUGAGACACAGAGAGCAGUGUGCGAGAGAGCACAAAAUAUUGAAUAUGUGUCUGCAGCGUCAGGGCUUGAGUAUUGGUUUGAAUGCCUUGAGGAAAACAAAACGCUAUUUACAUGACCCUGAAUCAAAAAUGUUGUCCCUCUGUCUUUGACUGAAUAUGUCUUGUUUCACUGUUAAAAAUGUUAAUGAAUAAAAGUAGAAAAUACA